AUGAGUAAAAUAAAGUUCCAAGUGUUGGCUGCACUUUCAGCAACAAUCAGCGAGGUGUCCGAUGGAAUGCAGUACGCUUGGUCGGCGCCGAUAGUUCCCGUUUUGCUCUCCAAGGAUAGUCCCGUUAAGUUCGACAAAUCGCAAGCGGUUUGGAUAGAAGUGUGCCUCAUACUAGGAUCGCUCUUGGGGAUCCCGCUGACGGUUUGGUUAGUGCGGCACCUCGGAAGGAAGCGCUCGAUCUUAUUGGCGAACUGCGAAAAUUUGUUCGCGUGGCUGGUUAUAGGGACGACGAGGUCGGUUUGGGCAAUCUACCUUGCGAGGCUGGUCGCUGGUCUGUCUGCAAGUAUAGCCUUUGCCGCAGUUCCGUUAUACGGUGCUGAGAUUGCCGAUAAAAAUGUGCGUGGAUUUAUAAGCGGGUUUUUCAGCAUAAUGAUGCUGUCAGGAAACCUGUUGGUUUACUGUGUCGCGCCUUUUCUAUCCAUUGCCGGCUCUUCGGCGGUCGGAAUGUUGUUUCUGAUAGUGCAGUUGGUCACGUUUCCGUUCAUGCCCGAAAGUCCUUACCAUUACAUCGUGCAAAACAAAGUGACAGCGGCGAGGAGGUCGUUGGAAUUUUUACGAGGUACCACUGACAUUGAUGAGGAACUGGAGGAAAUGAUUGCAGGCGUUGCUCGGCAAGAAUCCGAGAGGACUUCGGUCGCUGACAUAGUGAGAGUGGAAAGUAAUCGGAAAGCUUUGCUGAUUUUGUUGGUGUUGAAUUCGGGUCAGCACUUGGCCGGAGGCAGUGUGAUAAUCAUGAAUAUUCACUCAAUUUUGGAGGGAGCAACAGGAAAAGUGGCACCAAGUACCGUUGCCAUCCUAUUCUUGUUUACCAUGUGCGUAACUGGUUUUAUAGGUUCUCGUCUGGUGGAUGUAUGGGGACGAAAGCCGUUACUGUUGAUUUCGGGUGUUCUGACGGGGGCAACACUUUUAUUGCUCGCACUAUAUUUUACAUUUCGACCUCAAAACAAUGGUUGGGUCCCAAUAACUUUAAUACUCCUAUACGCGGCCUCUUUCCGGUUCGGUUUGGGCUUGAUACCGAUAUUACUUUCAGCGGAACUGUUUCCCACAAACAUUAAGGAACUGGGGAUCACGCUAUCCGAAUCGGGAUUCACGGCGAGUUCAUGUCUGACGAUCCUUCUGUAUCCUUACGUGAACAACGCUUGGGGAUUAUCGGCUCCAUUUUAUAUUUUUAGCAUUUGCACGUUCCUCGUCUGCGUCUUCGUUGCCUACGUCGUGCCUGAAACCAAACGCAGGUCAUUAGAAGAAAUUCAAUUAUUGUUGCAAUAG